CUUGCGUUGGUGUCUUUGUGUAUGUGUAAUUCAAACCAAAAAUUUAUGGUGGAGGAAAAAGAGCGAUAAUUGUACAGGCCCUUGUGAAGGGCGUGAACUGUGUGUUUCAGCAGAAUGCCUCCCAAGAAAAGAGCACAAUCGAGCGCUGCAAGUGAUGUCAGCAAGAGGUCCAGGCAGGGAAGCAGUCCGUCUCAGCGCCUAGGAGGAUCUCCAACUGACAGACUGUCGAUGGAGUCGGAGGUCGUGACAGUGAAGGAAGAGUCCUCGGGUCCCGAAACUACCAACAUAAGUGGCAGCACUCCACAUCCCAAGUUCUGGUGCCGGGACUGCGGCGAGGAUGCCGCGGAGGACUGCAAGGACUCUGGCCACUCCGUGUGCUCCCUCCGCCAGCUUCGCACAGAACAGGCCGCCCCCAAACUGCAGCGUCUGGACAAGGUGGCGACGUCGGCGCGCGAGGUGGUGAAGGCCCUGCUGGACGCCAAGGGCGUGCUGGAGGCCCAGCUGGAGCAGUGGCGGGGCAGGCUGCGGCACGUCGAGGAGGCCAAGAACGAGCUGUGGGCGGCGGCGGACGAGGGCCGGGACCUGGAAGAGCCUACACUAGAGGAGGGCCUGGAACAGCUGCUGCAGGACGCCACCACUCUCCUCCAGGCCAAGUGCCAGCUGCAGGUGGACUCGCCCUGCUCCACCUGGAACGCCAAACUUCAGGUGACGGCUGCAGGCUCCCAACCCACGUUACUUGGCCCACUGGUGCUGCAGCUUCACCAGGACAGGACCCUUACCAAGGUUUUCCGUCCCGAAGAGUGUAUGAAUGUCACUAAACUGUGCACGGAGGAGAAGCACCGCAACGAGCUGGAUGACACCUUGCGAAGCCCAGACCUGGACAAGUUGAGGAAGCUGGACGGUGUUUGGUGCAAGCAGCGGCCCAACUGGUGCAAGGUGCUGCUGCAGCGCGUCGCCGCGCACGUCGAGUGGCUGUGGGUCGCUAAAGCCGUCCGUGAGCACCUCGAGGUGAUUCAGGACAUGCCCGGGCUACGCUUCUUACGCGUCUACUUGUUGAAUACUGUCGAGAACGCCCCAGGGCUGCCGCUGCAACUCGAGGAUCUGCAGGUGGUGAAUGUCUCAAAAGAACACCUCCAGUCGGUGCAGCGGAUGUCCAGGCUGCGUAAACUCGUCUUGGACUGGUACUCCCCCGGUGCGCUGGACGUGGCGUUCCCCCCUCUGCCCGCGGGUCACUGCGGCCUGCAGUGGCUCGAUGUCCGCCUCCGGCCGGCCUCCACCGUGCUGUCCCUGGCCAAGGCCCACGCCGCCACACUGCAGGAGCUGCGGAUCCUGUGCGCGUCCGAGGGAGACGGUCCGUGGCACUUCAAGGACCUGGCCGAGGGGCUGCGCCAGUGCGGGCUGGUGGCGCUGCGGCGCGUAGUGCUGGUGCGUGGACCCGCUCCCGUCAACAACCUUCCCCACGCGCCAGAGUCGUGCCAGCUGCAGAAGGAGGCCAUCUGGGACAGACUCUUGGCGAGGGACUCGGAGAAGCCAGUGAGAAUAGUGAAAGUCAUGUGCGCGGAGUGUGACAAAGACUGCCCCGCAUAUCCGCCUCUGGGGGACUUUACCUGGAAUGACGAUUGAUACAGUGCUUCGUCUCAAUUAGUCUUUCUUCUUUGUUUUCCUUUGAAUCAAGACAUCGUUUGUUCCUUUUUAUAAACCUCCACGGCUGAUUGUUGCGCGUUUGUCAUGCUUCGUUGAGAUGUCCACCAGACGUCAUGUUGCCACGACUGUCAUGCGGACUCGUCCUUGAGGCAGUCGUGCCAGUGUCAAGAUGCAUCUGUUCUUGUAUGCCAUGUGCAAUGUGCAGCAAUGUUUCUUCUAUGUAAUCUCAGACCAUAAAAUCCUUCCAAAAGGAUUUAACAAUUGGAUUUUCUCAGCUUCAUUUAUUUGUUCAAAAAAAAA